UCCGGAAACGUAAUUCUGGCGGGAAGUAGCAGUUUCGUCACUGCCGGAAACAAUCUGGGAAGCAACCGGUAUAAGGUUUGGCGUCACUUCACGGUGUGACGGGACGGUUUGUUCUAAAACACCAAUACUGAAAUGUCCACCACAUCGUCAGUAUCAACGGGUUGUUUCGUUUUCAAGCCAGACAUCAAGAAGAAGAAGAAAAGCUUUCCCAGUUUAGAUGACUAUUUCACUCAUGGUUGUGAAGGCGCUGAGACCAGUGAUAUACGGUUCAGACUCUUUCAUGAUCUAUGGAACAAGAUUAAAACGGACACAGAGCAUUUGCAGGAUGAACUCAACAGGCAAAUCCUGGACAGCUUGCUGGACUUCACCAGGAAGUGCUCCUCCACUCGCCAACACGACGACUGGGCUUCGCAGAUGAGGGCCAGUGAGAUUCCCACAGCAGCGCUAAUGCUCGGAGUGAACGUGCCUGACCACGACAUGACCUUCCAGAGCCUGUCUGAGCUCCUCCAGCAGUCUGUCACACCUCACGUGGCAUCUGUCCAGGCCAAAGAGUGUGCAGCUUUGAAGCACUUGAUGAAGAGGGUUUUGGAGCGAUUGAUGCACACGGUGGUGGUGGCUGCUGCUGCUGAUGAUGAUGAUGAUGAUGAUGACGACGAAGAGAAGGAGGAGGCGGCGUUAAAGCAGAGCGUUACUCCGGUACACAAGAGUGUGCACUGCUCCCUGAGCGUGCUCUGCGAAUGGUACAACACACAAACAAAGAAAUCCAACACUCCUGGAAAAAAGCGCAGUUCUCAGAGUAAAGACCAGCAUCCCCCAGUUGUGAUUAUUUUCAAAGAUUUAGAAGCCUUCAACCAAAAAGUUCUUCAGGACUUCAUUCUCAUCUGCAGUCGAUACAUCGAGCGUCUUCCCCUCAUGUUCAUAUUCGGCAUUGCCACGUCGCCGAGCACCAUCCAGCACAUGUUGCCCCACUCGGUGUCGUCGCUGCUGUGCAUCGAGCUCUUCCAGUCUCUGUCGUGCACUCAACACCUUGCCACUGUCAUGGACAAGUUAAUCCUGACAUCGAAGUUCCCUUUUAAGCUGACUGGCAAAGUGAUGCAGGUGCUGAUUAGCCUUUUCCUCUAUCACGACUUCUCCGUGCGAAACUUCAUCAAGGGUGUACAGAUGGCCCUGUUGGAGCACUUCCACUCGCAGCCUCUCAGCGUGCUGUGCUGCAAGAAGAAGGAAGCACUGCGUAACGCUGUACAUCUCAGCCACGAGGGCCUGGAGAGGAUCAGGCAGCUGCCUUCAUUCACCAGGUAUGUUGACAAGCAGGAAUCCCAAGAGCAGGUUGGACUGUUAAAGGAUGAUGCUCACUUACAGGAGGUUUGCCAAAAGCUGAUAAAGGACCUUCAUAAAUACCACAAGAACUAUUAUCCCACGCUGAGGUGUCUUCACGCUUUGACCUCGUCGCUGCCUCGCUACCCCCUUGGAAAACAGAUCCGGGAGCUCCAUUUAAUUUGCCUGGAGAAGAAUGUUUGGGAGACGGAGGAUUACCAGUCAGCCAUGAAGCUGCUUAAGAUGUUGGCCAAAGACGAACUGAUCGCUUUACUCCAGAGAUGCGCGGAGAUCCUGCGGUCCGCAAACUCGAAGAAGAUGAAGAGCGCCCUCGUCCAGCUGGAAGACAUGCUCAGCAAAUUUAAGCAGUUGGACGGGGGCAGUGAGGUGGUCCAAUGUGAUGAGGAGAGCCUGACCUCUCCUGUGAAGAACCUUCAGAAGAAGACUGACCUGUACCAGCUGCAGAAGGCUCUUCUGGAGAUGAACGAGUCUAGAAGGACCAAGAAACGCAGUCCCUUUGAGAAUCUACGAAGUGAAGCACUCGAAUUUAUCGACAACCUCGUAAAGAGUCACCUGUAUCUGCCAGAGUGUCAGACGCUGAAUGAAGUGUGCUACUACAGCUCCUCAUCCUCCGUGAGAUGCCACCUCAACGCCACACCUCGCACCUCCAUUCAGGCCGCACUCAGCAGCCCUUACUAUUAUCUUCUGAAUGAAAGCCUAAAAACAGAUGACGGGAGCAUUUCCAACGCGGCGCCUGACAUCUGUAUCGCGUACAAGCUGCACCUGGAGUGCGGCCGCCUCAUCAACCUCUAUGACUGGAUGCAAGCCUUCUCUACUGUGGUGUCUGCAGCAGAGGGCAAUGAUCCAAAUUCGGACAACUUUGGCAAAGUGGAUGACGUCAAACACGCUCGGUUCAUCCGGGCUGUGUCGGAGAUGGAAUUUUUGGGGUUUAUCAAGUCCACCAAGCAGAAGACAGACCACGUGGCCCGACUCACUUGGGGAGGAUGCUGACCCAUUGGUCCAAAAACAAAAUAUAAAUUCCUUGAAAAUUUUUUUUUUUUUUUUUUUUGUAGUUCUCCCUUUUAAUUAAAGUUAUUUGUAUGACA